AUGAGUGUUGCACGAUAUUGGCACACUGCAUCUAUAUUAUCAAAUGGGAAAGUAUUAGUUACUGGUGGAGUCAAUAGAGUUAGUGUUUUCAAUAGUGCUGAGCUAUAUGAUCCAUCAACAGGUACUUGGACAACUACUGGUAACAUAACUAAUGCACGAUAUACUCACACAGAAUCUGUAUUAUCAAAUGGAGAAGUAUUAAUUACUGGUGGAUAUAAUAGUGGUAAUGUUUUAAAUAGUGUUGAGCUGUAUGAUCCAUUAACAAGUAUUUGGACAACUACUAGUAACAUGAAUAAUGCACGAAACUGGCACACAGCAUCUGUAUUAUCAAAUGGGAAAG